AUGUCUAUCGUGCUUGAGCAAUGUCAAAUUCAGCCUUCACCAGACAACGUGAGUGAGCUAACACUUCCUUUAGUACAUUUCGAUUUAACAUGGUUGUAUUUUCAUCCUGUUCAUCGGCUACUCUUCUUCGAAUUCCCUUGUUCAAAGCCAGAUUUCGUCGAGACCCUUGUUCCAAAACUCAAACAAUCUCUUCUCCAAACUCUUAAGCAUUUUCUUCCACUCUCUGGCAACAUAAUCUAUCCAUUAGACUCCGGUAGGCCUAUUUCGCACUAUGUCGUGGGGGAUUCUGUGUCGCUAACAAUUGCGCAGUGCGAUAAAGAUUUCAAUCACCUUAUGGCCAUGGUUCCUCGGGUUGCUGACGAGUACUAUUCAUGUGUCCCUCAGAUGCCACCAGCGACUCAUUCAUCGGACUCCGUAAUUUUUCCAGUUCUUGCCUUACAAGCAACGAUCUUUCCUGGCCAUGGUGUUUGUCUUGGUUUUACUAACCAUCAUGCCAUUGGCGAUGCUAGUACAAUUGUUCGUUUUGUGAAAGCAUGGGCUACAGUCACAAGAUUGGGCGGUGAUUCACAACUUAUAGAUGAUAAAUCUUUACCAUUUUAUGAUAGGAGUUCAGUUGAAGAUCCGAAGGGACUCGAUUCCAUAUACUGGGAAUUGAUGAAGAAAUCUAGGCCUAUGGAUGCUCCACCUCUUAAAUUUCCCCUCAAUAAGGUUCGUGCAACAUUUGUACUGACCAAAGAUGAUGUUCAAAAAUUGAAGAUUUUUGUUUUGAGUAAACGACCAAAGAUGACACAUGUAUCGUCUUUCACUGUAAUAUGUGCACAUGUAUGGGCUUGUUUAGCGAAAGCAGAGGCUGCGAUCGGGGUCGAUUUGGCCGACGAUGAGCCGGAGUAUUUUGGUUUUCCAGCUGAUUGUCGAGCAAGAAUGGAUCCACCGUUGCCUUCUACUUAUUUUGGCAAUUGUUUAGCAUUCGUCAAGGCAGAAACAACGCACGGAAAAUUGAAGGGAAAUGAAGGAUUUGUAAUUGCUGCUGAGUCGAUUGGAGAUGCUAUUCAGAGAACGGUGUACAACGAGAAGGGUAUCUUGGACGGUGCAGAUAAAUGGCCUUUGGAAUUUAGAGAAUUGAGCGGAAAACGGCUUUUUGGAGUGGCUGGAUCGCCUAGAUUUGAUCUGUACGAUGCAGAUUAUGGCUGGGGAAAGCCCAAAAAAUACGAAGCUGCUAACAUAGAUGGUGAUUCAUCCAUGUCCCUUUGUAAGUCGAGGGAUUUCGAAGGAGGUUUCGAGAUUGGCUUAUCCAGGCCUAGAAAUAUGCUGGAUGCCUUUGCACCUUUCUUCACUAUCUCACUUCGAAAUCUUUAA